GUGCCGAUCCUGAAGUGUGGCUCUUGAGUUUUGACGCAUAAUACCGAAACAAAGGGCACCAAAAAAGAAUGGCACGAUGAGCCUAGACAGCCAAAAAUGACGUUAAAGAGUAAAGUAGAAGAAAGCUUGAAGAAGAAAUAAGAAAAUAAGUACCGAAAUACUGUGGGACCAAAAAAACCGCUAAAAGAUAUUGAGCGAAACCUGGAAAAAGUGCGAGCUUAGGUAACUGCAGUCAGCAAAAGGGGAUUUCCCUCUGAAAACGGAAAGAGCCACUUCCUAAACCCUUAAUGAUGGAGAGUCCCUCACCCACCAAGGAGCUGAAGUUCAGCAUUGUGGGGAUCCAGGUGAAGAGGAUCCGUCGGCAGAACAGUGUCAAGCCGAUAUGCAAGUUGCUGGUGCAGAGAUCACAGAAAGAGGAUGGCAUCAACGGCGUCACUGAGAAAUCGUUUACAAAGUAUCUGUUCCCCAUGUACCCGGAUCUAGCGCGGCACUUCUACAACUACAUCCACGCCGCUGGCAAGUGCAAGAACAAGCACGUACCGCUCGCCACCUUCCGCCAGCAGUGCGAGCGCGUGCUGGCCAUGUUGGAUGAUGGCAUCAUCAUUGACACAUACGUCAGGAUGUUCAGCUCGGGCACAGAGGAGGCGGCGGUGACGCCGGAGGACCUUCGCACGCUGCUGCACAUCAGCUACAAGCUGUCCAUGGACCACUACCCCGAGGGCCCGCAGACCUGCCUCAUGAUAAACAAGACGCUGUCCGCGGUGCUGCGCGGGUGCUUCAACAACAAGGCCAGCCACAGCGUGGGCUUCGUGGUGCGCUGGCUGGAGGAGCACUGCCACAGACUCAUCUUCCCUGUACACAGAUACUGCGUCCACAUGCUGGCGACUCGUCACCGCGACCUCGAGGCGGCCGAGGCGCCGGGCUCCGGCCUCGAGCUCGGGACCCCCGUGCUGGAGCGCGCCGGGGGCCGCGGGGGGCUCCUCCCCCUGUCCGCCGCGUGGUUGAUCGCCGGUACCGCCCCCCCGCUGUACUCCCGCCCCGCGCGUCCCCCACCCGCCCCCGCGCCCGCCGCCUGGCUGGCGCGACUGGUGUGCACGGUGCCGUCACACUGGGAGCCGCUCUACGCGUCAAAGGACCACGGACUAGGAUGUAAUCGGUUCCUACAUCACACGUUGGCGUACAGGGGUCCGACGAUAGUGGUGAUCGACGGCCUGCCAGCGACUGGCGACAGCGACGAGCACCUCACCGCCGUGAUCUGCUGCCCGCAAGAGUGGCGGGACACCCACCAGUACUGGGGCGGGCCGGACAGUGCGCUGCUGCUGCUGUACCCCACUUUCGCGGUCGUAGAGCACGCACCGAAGAUGCUAUACCUGAACUCGGCUAUCCGGGGUUACCCGAAGGGGUUACGAGCGGGGUCGGACCCCCGCAAACCCCUGCUGUCCGUCGCCGAGGGGUUCGACACAUUCGACUUCAAGGGCGUGCCCUACUCUCUGAGGGCUAUUGAGGUGUGGGGCUGCGGUGACGCGGCGCUGCGUGAGACGCAGCUAGAAAUCAAAAAGUGGCAAGUCAAAGAGGCUGAAAGACAGAGACAGGUGAAGAUAUCGGCGGCGGACUGGAUCGACCAUCCCGACCGUUACCUGCUGCAGCUGGCCGGCCGCCCCGAGUACAACAACACCGCCAGCUAGUAAACGUGUUAAGUACGUACGUGCGGGCAUGUGAUGCGUGUACGUACGUAAAACGAGUACGUACCUGCGGGCGUGUGACGCGUGUGCGUACGGCUUGUACGUACGUGCACUACGUGCUCGUUGUGUAAGUGAGGUCAUCGACGCGUGUACGUGUGGGCAUGUGGCACGAGUACGCACUUGCAGGCAUGUGACGCGCGUACGUACGGCCUGUGCGUACGUGAAUGUUGUGUGGGUACGUACGGGUAUGUGACGCAUGUACUAUCAGAGAAGUUGGUUCCUGGUUGCAGAUGGGGGACCUUCGU